AUGCGUAGCAGGCCUUAUCGGUGCGCCGGUGCAGGUGGUGCCCCCGUUAUUAACUCGUUUCCCUGCUCGUCCGCAUCCGCAAGCGAACGCGUCGCUCCAAGUGCCCUCUGCCCAAACCUCUUCCUCUCCCAGCAACAGCAACACAGGUCUAUCAUCGUCAUUGCGAAGAAGCGACCGUCGGAAGACGACGCAACAUCAAAUCUCACAACACACCCGGUUUUGGAGCACGCCGCGGUGACGAACCGGCCGUUGGCGGAGUUUCUGUACGCUGCGAAAACUGUGUAUGACGCGUCCCGCCCGGAACUGCUGCAUUUGUGGCGACUGCUCGGAAGGCUGUAC